AUGCCCCAUGCCGAAGAUCGAGCUGCCAACCCGAGCGAGCGCCGGACCACCACCACCACCCUGACUGUGGAUGUUCUGGACGGAGACGACCUGGGCCCUAAGUUCCUGCCCUGCACCCCCGUGGGCCGCACCAGAGACUGCAGCCCCAUCACGUACAAGGCCACGGUGCUGGAGCUCACGGAGCCCCGUUUGCUCGAGACGGUGACAGUAACUCACAGUGCACCCGCCCACUCUCUCCCCACUCCCUCGCUGCAGUCUGGGAGGCAGCAGUGCGCUCAUGCCUGGCCGCACAACUUCUUCUUGGACUGGGUUAUUGUGGCGUUUGAGAUCUUUGUCACGGCGGCGCUCUCCUCCCGCUCCGUCUUAUCUGUCCUCUGUUGA